AUGAAGCACGAUAACCCCAAAAGAGCAUCUCACCAACCACCAGACAUCGAUUCAGAACCAGUGAACUCACAAUUAAUCCGUCCCUUUGACCGAACACUUCAUGCACCCAUACGCCGACAAGCAGCGAAUGGCAACAGUCGGCGGUUCUUCUCAAAGACAUCCUUGAAAGGAUGUAGUAAGAUAACUGCAUAUUUUCAAACAGACCCGCCAUUCAGACUUUCCGGCAUUUGUAUAUUUUAUACUGAUGCUGAGUACCCUGUCCUUCCGACUAUUUUGGGACAAAUUGGGUAUGCGACUACGACGGAGACUCUGAUUUUCGAUACUAGUGGAGGAGAAGUCAUUACCGAGGUUAAUGUCUUUUAUAAGCCGUUAUAUGGCGAUGAGGCUUUUGUAGUCGUUGGGUUGGGGGUAGAAACAAGUAAGACACUUGAUUCUAAUCAUGAUCGGAGAAAGGAAUUGGGAGAUUGUAAGGAGGAAGGAAUACAUGAGGUCGAGGAGUUAAAGAUAGGAAAGUCGGAUUCUGUGCAAUGGGAGUAUAAUGAAACUAGCGACUAUAUAAGCCUAGCUACAUAG